GACAAAUUAACACUAAUACACACUUCAUACCAAAAUCUUCACAAAUCGCCAUUAAAGUAGCUUAAAAGAACACCAAUGGCUUCUUCUACUUCCACUUCCGCUUACACCCCUACAUUCAACAACCCCACAACCAGAUUCUCAUCUUCUUCAGCUUCAAAUCGACCCUCGAUUUCGUUCAGUAAAAAACCGCAAAAUUCGAUUGUUUCUGCACUUCAAACGCCUUCAAUUCUUCAAAUUCCGAAACAGGCGCCGAUGAAAAGCUCCACUUCUACCGGAAUUCUUGAAUUGCCCUCUUCUCCGGUGGUUCAACAGAAUUGGAAUGUGUUUCAGAAAGUUGCGGCAAUGGCAUUAGACGCGAUUGAAGAUGGAUUAAAAGCUCGAGAGAACAUGCGUCCGUUACCGAAAACCGUAGACCCGAAUGUCCAAAUCGCCGGGAAUUUCUCUCCGGUACCGGAACAACAGGUGCGACAAUUGUUACCGGUUGUCGGAACAAUACCGGAGUAUAUCCAAGGAGUUUAUUUGAGAAAUGGAGCUAACCCAUUGUUCGAACCGACAUCCGGCCACCACUUGUUUGAUGGGGAUGGUAUGAUUUACGCGGUGAAGUUCGAAAACGGGUCGGUUAGUUACGCCUGCAGGUUUACGGAAACCCACAGGCUUGUGCAGGAACGCGCCUUCGGGAAACCAGUGUUCCCGAAGGCGAUAGGGGAGCUUCACGGCCACUCUGGGAUCGCGAAACUUAUGUUGUUUUAUGCUCGCGGUUUGUGCGGUCUGAUAGACCACACAAACGGGAUAGGCGUGGCCAACGCCGGUUUAGUUUAUUUUAAUAACCGGCUGUUGGCCAUGUCAGAAGAUGAUUUACCUUAUCACGUGCGAGUCACGUGCUCAGGUGAUUUGAAAACCGCGGGGCGGUAUGAUUUUGAUGGGCAGUUGGAGUCCACCAUGAUUGCCCACCCAAAAAUCGACCCGGUUUCAGGGGAGCUUUUCGCAUUGAGUUACGAUGUGAUUAAAAAACCGUACUUGAAGUAUUUCCGGUUUUCGCCAGACGGGAAGAAGUCGAAUGAUGUGGCGAUCGAUUUGGAGACGCCGACUAUGGUUCAUGAUUUUGCGAUCACGGAGAAUUUCGUGGUUGUGCCAGACCACCAGGUGGUCUUCAAGAUGUCGGAAAUGGUCACUGGCGGGUCGCCCGUUGUGUAUGAUAAAGAGAAGGUGUCACGUUUCGGCGUACUUGAUAAAUACGCCGAAAACGGGUCCAAUAUUAAAUGGGUUGACGUUCCAGAGUGUUUCUGUUUCCAUCUCUGGAACGCCUGGGAAGAACCCGAACACAACGAGGUUGUCGUGAUCGGGUCCUGCAUGACUCCAGCGGACUCGAUUUUCAAUGAAUGUAGUGACGAAUUAAAAAGUAUUCUUUCAGAAAUCCGCCUAAAUUUAAAAACCGGCAAAUCCACUCGCCGGCAGAUCAUUUCACCGGAAAAUGACGUUAACUUGGAAGCUGGGAUGGUGAACAAACACCUCCUCGGCCGGAAAACACAAUUCGCUUACCUCGCGAUCGCCGAACCAUGGCCGAAGGUCUCCGGUUUUGCUAAAGUCGAUCUUUCAACCGGCGAAACCAAGAAGUUCUUUUACGGAGACGAAAAAUACGGCGGCGAGCCUCUGUUUCUUCCUAGAACCCCGAAUUCAGCAGCUGAAGACGACGGUCACAUCCUGGCAUUCGUCCACGAUGAAAAGACAUGGCGAUCGGAACUUCAAAUCGUUAACGCAAUGACAAUGGAACUAGAGGCGACGGUGAAGCUGCCAUCACGGGUUCCAUACGGGUUUCACGGAACGUUUAUCGAAGCCAAUGAUUUGGCAACUCAGGCAUGAAAAUUUGAUGUUUCUUGCGAGAUUUUACCGGAGUGAUGGCUGAAGUUCGUCCCUGGAGAGUCUCCUACAACCUUAUAAUUAUUGGGGUUGUUUUUUAUUUUUUGAAUUCUUUUGGGUCAUUUUUGAAUUACAGAAUUUUUGAGGGGCCAGUUUGUAGCUUUUGUGUGUAGGUUAGAAAAUGAAGCUCAGCUGGUUUCUCAAAAGUAAGUUAGGGUUUGAGUACAAUUGAGUAUGCCAUAAGUACAAAUGUUUGAUGCACUUUGUCUAUGUUUUAUUGUAAAAAGUAUAA